UUGCUCAAGAUGUGAAAAAAAUCGCAUGUUGUUAAUGAAUCAAAAUUUAUGAAGCUCUAUCCUAACGUUCAAACACUUGUUUCAUACGUGUUAAAGUCGAGGUGGACUUGUUUCAUGAUCUUGAAAUGAACGAGAGUUUAUCUUAAUGACUAUCGGUCACAAUGAAAUUGAGUACAUUUUUCGCAUGCUCGUUAAAUUAAAACUUGAAAGUCCUACAGUUUUAUUCGUUUUUCCAGAAAGCAACUUUAUUAAAUGGAUAUUUUUUCGGCAAUUGGGGCGGCGUUUUUAUUGUAUGUAUUUUCCUAUACUGCAAUUUUAUUGGUUUCUGAUUGCGAUGUGAGGUUAUUAUUUGCGUCGAUAUUUGGUCGCAGAAAAUUACGGGAAUUCAAAGGUAAGGUUGUAUGGAUAACGGGAGCUUCGAGUGGCAUAGGAGAAUAUAUAGCUGUUGCAUUAGCUUCUCACGGAGCCAAGUUGGUUUUAACAGCUAGAAAUGAAGUCGAAUUGCAGAGAGUCAAGACAAGAUGUUUAGAAAGCGGAAAACUGUCACCCGAAGAUGUACUUGUUUUACCAAUGGAUAUCACGGAUGUUAGUCGACACCAGUCGUCAUUUGACAAAGUUUUGCAGCAUUUUAAUCAGGUGGAUAUUUUGAUAAACAAUGCCGGAAGGUCACAAAGAGCUACAUGGGAACAAAUUGAGCUUCAAGUGGACCGUGAAAUGUUCGAGUUGAAUGUUUUUUCAAAUGUAAAUUUAUCUCGUAUGGUUUCGAAAUAUUUCUUGGAAGGCAAAGGAGGGCAUAUCGUCUUGACGUCUAGCAUUGCAGGACUAAUGCCAGUGCCCUUUUCUCCAACUUAUAGUGCAACGAAAUUCGCUCUCCAUGGAUAUUAUGGAUCUUUGUUUCGAGAAAAAGCGGGGAAAAACAUUAAAGUAACAAUUUUGUGCCCUGGGCCAGUAUUUUCCAACUUGCUGCCUGCUUGUUUUACAAAUGUCGCGGGAGAGAAAUUUGGUGAAACACAUUCCAGUAAUGAUUCAAGAAUGACCACAGAACGUUGCGCUUUUCUCAGCAUUAUUGCGAUUGCGAACAACUUGUAUGAGGUGUGGAUGGCUAAAUUUCCUCUAUUGUUUAUUACCUAUCUAGGUGUAUACUGUCCCAAUUUCUCUUUGUGGAUGUUCAAAAGAGUCGGAACAAACAUGGUUCAACGAUUAAGGGAUAACAGAGUUACAGUACAAAAUCCUUGAUUUGAUUCGUUGACGGUUGACCAAAAAUUAACUGUAAAUGGGUGUGCUGUAUGUAUUUGCCAACGAAUUCAUGAAUCUGUCAGCACAUCGAAUGCAGCCGGAAUUAUUUUUCAGUUGUAAUGUAAUUGUGGUUUUGUACCUACAUAUUUGUACUCAAGUAAUGUCAUUUUUGUUAUUAAUUAAACUUUUUUCCUGUUAGUUUUUUUUUAAUUCAAAAAAUAAAAUUCAUCAUUUACUCGU